GGGGCUCGGAAAUUCAGCAAGUCAACUCUCGAAGUGCCCGCUUUUCAGCUGUCGCGAGGACAAGGGGACGGCUUCGUUCACUGCCGAUCAGCAAGAGAGCCGCUCGUCAAUUCCCAAUUGCCCAGGAACCCCGUGAAACCUGGCAGUGAUGCCGAAUUGAAACGGGUUUGAUUACUCCAGCAAGACAUGGCGCAACCGUCAACUCCCGCUGGUCCAGCCCUGGGUCCAGCUGCCGGAUCCUCCAUCUUCGGUGGCAACGCGCAGGCCACUUUCGCUCAAUCGUCCUCCCUGCCACUCUUGAGCCAGGCGGUGACGCCUGCUUCGGGCGCAUCUUCUAACAAUACCUACAUCAUGCCCAACUCGCCGCUGAAGCAUCGUGCAACCAUGGACGGCUACCGGCCCAAAGUCACCCGCACGCUCGGCCAGAAGCCAGCAUGCCUGGUGAAUGCCUCAGUUACCUAUUGCGGAAACAAUCAGAUCUACGCAUUUGGCGGGUUCGACCAGUACACGGAUGAAGUGUACAACCAUGUGUUGAGGCUCGACCUUGUCAGCCAUCAAUGGAAUCUAGUAGACAACUAUGGGGACAUCCCGGGAGUGAGGAUGGGCCACACUGCGACACUGUAUAAAGGUGACAAACUUCUCGUGUUCGGCGGCGAGAACGAGCACCGGACCUACCUCUCCGACCUGAUCAUAUUCGACCUGAAGACCGCGCACUGGACUCAGCCCCAGGUCACCGGGCCGAUUCCCAAGGGCCGGGCCCGGCAUGCGGCCGUGCUGCACGAAGACAAGCUAUUUAUCGUGGGCGGCAUCACCGGCCAUGACAACUACGUUCUGGAAGACAUCUGCUACCUAGACCUGAAGACAUACACCUGGUCUAGAUCUUGGCGGUUUGUUGGCAGGUUUGACCAUUCGGCAUAUAUCUGGGGCGAUCGGGUUUGGGUCUUUGGCGGCCUGAGCGAGGACAUGGACAAAGUCAGUGACAUAUGGUGGCUGGACCUUAAAGGGAGCCCGGCAUUUGACUCGCCGCCGCAAAUCGGCUCCUUCGACCGGCCCGGCUUCAGUCGGUCACCGAGACCGCCCUAUACUGCUGCGCAGUCGCCCGUUGUCGGAGCAUCCGGCUAUGCCGCCAACUCGCGGACAGCCCAGGUCAACCCGCCGUCUUUCCACCUGAAAUCCUACGCCCCUCCGGCACCGGGCGUCAUCUCGGCGUUGAGGUUUGUAGGCGGCCCCAAUAUUCCUUCACAGAUGCAGGGGAUACACUUCCACGUCUACUCGUCCGGGACGCUACUCGAUUUUGUCACGCCGGCAGCGACAAUCACCUCGAAAGAGUGCUCCCUGUCGGCCUUGGAUCUGGGGACCCUGCGAUGGCAGAAACUGGCGGAGGGACGCGAGAUCUUCAAACCCGCAUAUCGCUGGCACUAUUGCACCAUGAAUGAGGACGGGACGAAGGCCUGGCUCCUUGGUUGCCCCAUCGACCACGGCGCGAUCGAUCUCGGCGCUAAUGGCCUCGAGGAGUAUCUGUCAGACAUAAUGGAGAUUGACCUCCGACGGUAUGGAUUCCUGGGAAACAAUCUGGCCCCUGAGCCGCGGACAGAUCUAGUCCGGCAGUCCUCGCGCAUGAGGCAUGUCGAGCAGCCGUCCAAGGGCCUCGGUGCUGACCUGGCGAAGCUUUUCAACCAACCACCGGAGACGGGCAGCGGAACCGACUUUGUCAUCACGGCGCUGUCUAGGGAUAGCGACGAGGACGAGUUCAUCGGCUCGGCACUGGUGCAUGCCAGCGAAUCUGGGGACGGCGAUCACAGCUGGCUGGCGCCCGACGCCCCGACGUCGCCACCGAUCUAUGUGCAUAGGCUCAUCCUGCAGGCUCGAUGGCCGCAUUUCGCUCGUCUCUGGGCCAGCCAGAUGGCCGAGUUCCACACCAAGAAGAUGCACAUCCCGGAGCCGUACAACGUCGUCAAGGCGUUCAUCUUCUACCUGUACACCGACCACAUCGACCCGCCGACGGCGGAAAACGACGACGGCGCGGCCACCAGCGCGGCAGACCUCUCGGACGUGGCUGGCCUGCUGGUCAUGUCCAACAUCUACAACAUCCCACACCUGCGGCUGCUGUGCGUCAACAGGCUCAGCAAGGAGCUCGACGUUGACCACGCGUGCAUCACGUGGCACUGCGCGGGGCUCGCCAACGAGGAGUGGCUGCGCAAGCGCGCGGCGGGCUUCUGCCUGACGCACUGGGGCCGCAUCGUCCGCACGAGCGGCUUCCUGCGCCUGCCGCGCAGCGCCCUCGUCGAGCUGUCGCAGGAGAUCGACAUGGAGGGCCGCGUUGUCGGCGGCGACGAGCUCGACAUGUUCGCCGGCAUGGACGGGGCGCGGUUCCCCGACGGCGGUUCGGCCGCGGGGCGCAAGGGGAGCAGCAGCAGCAGCGGGAGCCAGACCCAGAUGCUGGAGAGCGAGGGGGACGACGACGACGGGAUGGAGAUGACGUGAGCUGGGAUUCUUGUCCUUUCUUCUUUUGUUUUCUCUCUCUUCUUUUUCAUUUUUGCUUGUACAACUCAUCGAGAUCGUUUCCUGGCUUGAAUAUCAGCGAUGGAGGAGCAGACCUUCUUCACAACGGCCAACUUGCGGAGUUCGGGGGUAUUCAUGUAUGAUAUAGCUACCUAGGCUUGGGGGCUGGAGUCACUGGGUCUGUAGUUGGGGCUGGCUAUCUAUACGUCCUCGGGUCGACUACGCAGGCGUACACCGGAAACAUGUGGGAAACGUGUUACGAUAUGGUAGGUACUGUAUGCGGCGGCGUUGGAACACCUGUUCGUCUGGUUUGGGGGGGCAUACCCCCUUUCAGGAAUAGGGGAAUAUGGUAAAGUGUUUUCGGUGCAGAUCAUUAAUCUUGCGACUGUUGGGGGUUCACCCAUCAUCAGGUUAUGUUGGCCAGCAGAGGCAAAAGAUAGACCUUUUAAAUGCGAGUUGCGAAAUACUUUGAAAA